AUGCUAAUUUCGAAUGCGAGGGAUCUUUUUACAAUAACAGAUCUUUUUCCAUCUGUUAUACAUAAAGAAUCACUGUCUUGCAGUACUCGAGUACGUGGUUUGGUUGUUGUACCAGGUGGUGGUGGCAAGACAACAUUGAUUGACAGUCUAAAAUUCUCCAACAUUCAUUGUGCGGACAUCGACGAUUAUUGGGAUCAACAACAAGAGCAAGAAACAGUGAGAAAAUUAACCUCGGACUGGAAAGAUGCUUGUUUGGAUGUGAAUAAUUCAUUUCGACGCCAUCUUAUUGAAGAUCAUUAUGUCCUAUUGAAAGCUCGUUUAUGUCAACAAAAAUGGUCAAAGGAAAAUCAAUAUGAUAUCUUGUUUGUUCAAACUUGUUCACAAGCUUCUCUAUUAAUGGAUGAAAAAUGUUUAGUGUUGAAUUUGUUACCUACAGCUCAAUUGCAUCAUACAAAUUUGUAUAGACGAACAGCAUCAAUCGAAAAUCCACCAGAUGAUUAUGAUGUUUGUAUGAGACAAUGGAAAGAAAAUGAGAAACAUUGUUCAUAUGUUUUAUAUGACAGUUACGAACAAUUGCGAGAUAUGGUGAUUUUAUUUCAUAAACUUAUUUUAUCGAAGAGGCAAUUAUUUGUUAUAGCCUUUUGGACAAUUUAUCUCGAAAAAUCUUUGCCAAUCAAACUUGCUUCACAUAAAGUUACUGCAACUGUUCAAGGUGAAAUGAAUGUGAAAGGAGGCUGA